CGACACGGCAGUGACAUCAUUGGCCCAUGCUAAAUAUUUAAAGGGGCCACCUUCACUGGGGAAUGUUGGGAAAGACUUGACUCUGGUUUUUUGAAAGCCAAGCUGCACUUCUACAAGCUGCAAUGGAUACCAGCAGCUCCGCCCAUGGAGCUGGCUCUGCCGCCUCUUCGUCUUCUUCGCAGAGCUCAAACCGCUGGAAGUACGAGGUGUUCCUGAGCUUUAGAGGCGAAGACACCCGCAACACUUUCACAGACCACCUCUUCAUUGCGUUACGCAAUGCUGGAAUUAACACGUUUAUAGACAACCAGCUCACAAGGGGGGAAAACAUACAGAGUGAACUUGACCAAGAAAUCGAAGGGUCGAGAAUCGCUGUCAUCGUCUUCUCGAAGGAGUACGCGGAGUCCCGGUGGUGCCUGAGGGAGCUGUCAAAGAUCAUGAGGUGCCUAAAAGAUCAAGAGGGGAAAAUCGUCUGUCCAAUAUUCUACGACGUUGACCCUUCUCAAGUCAGGAAACAGGAAGAUAGUUUUGGGGAAGCAUUUCAGAAGCAUGAAACGACUGAAGAUCCAAAUGAGGUCAAGCAGUGGAGAGAGGAUCUGAAGGCUUCUGCAGAUUUGGGCGGCUGGAAUCUCAAAACCACGGCCGACGGGUAUACUUUUUUGUUUACUUCAAAUUUCAUAUCACCAUGUUUCAUCAAAUUUCAUAGGGAUUUUUGUACUUUAAUCCUUCAAGAAGAUUAAAAUUUAAUAAAAAGCUAGUGUUA